UAUUUCAGUAUGUUUUAGCAUUCUCAGCUCAUGUUAGGUCACGAAUCAUACGAAAUCGUGUGUAUGAUUUCGUAAGAUUACGUUAUAACCUCUAUUUACUUUUUUAUUUUAACGUCAAACAAAAUCGAAUAGGAUUUAUGAGAAUCUGCGGAGAAUCAUGCGACUCGUGACAGCGGUGAAUGUAAAAUUGCUGCCGAUUCUACGACAGAACAACACGAUUGCGCGCACUUUUUGCAAAAACCGCUCCUCCUCGGAUCACCGCCUACCUUUGCCGGCCUGUGUCAGGCCGCAAUUAGUACGAACGGAAUAUUUAGGUGGAAGAUUAUUGAGGAAUACACGCGGACACUCGCGGAUUCAUCCUGCCGUGGUGUCUGUGAGAUUUUUCGCCACGAAAAGGUACUCUGAUCGAGUUCCUCCGAGCGAUGGUAAUGGAGAACAACCAGGAGAUUAUGCUGCUUCUUUGCCUGCAACUGUGGUGGUACCUGAAGUAUGGCCUUAUGUACCAGUCAUCGCUAUCAACAGAAACCCAGUGUUUCCUAGGUUUAUCAAGCUAAUCGAGAUUAGUAAUCCAAUUUUGAUAGAUUUAAUACGGAGAAAAAUAAAGCUCAAUCAACCUUAUGUAGGAGUUUUCUUAAAGAAGAAUGAAGAAAAUGAAGCUGAAAUUGUUCAAAACUUAGAUGACAUUUAUCCAAUUGGAACAUUUGCACAAGUACAUGAAAUCCAAGAUUUAGGAAAUCGAUUAAGAUUAGUGAUUAUGGCACAUAGAAGAAUCAAGAUUGUUAAUCAGAUUUUUGAUGAUCCAAAUCCAAAGUCAGAACAUAAGAUGAAACUGACGUUCCCACUAUUAAAUACUACAAUUACCGUCCCUGUAGACGACACAGUAAAUAGCAGCAAGAUAAGUCGGAGAUCGUUGCGCAAGAAGGCAGAGAAUAAAGUUUUAGAGAAGAUAGAAAAACUCGAUGAAGUGGACUCUACAGAAGUAAAACCGCCGGUAGAUUCUUCCUCUGAAAAAACAGAAAAACCAUCAAAUUCGUCAGCACCUCAAUCUGGUAGUCAACCUAUAUUAAUGGUGGAAGUUGUGAAUGUCACACAUGAAAAAUUUAAACAAACUGAAGAAAUUAAGGCUUUGACACAAGAACUCAUUAAGACAAUUCGCGAUAUAAUUAGUAUGAAUCCUUUGUAUCGUGAAGCAUUACAACAAAUGCUGCAUCAAGGGCAAAAAGUUGUGGACAAUCCAGUUUACCUCAGUGAUUUGGGUGCUGCCUUAACAGGAGCAGAUGCACAAGAAUUGCAGCAAGUCUUGGAAGAAAUGGAUAUUUUAAAAAGAUUGAGACUAUCUCUUGCACUUCUGAAAAAAGAAUAUGAAUUAAGUAAGCUACAGCAAAAAAUCGGCAGAGAGGUCGAGGAGAAAGUAAAACAGCAACACAGAAAAUAUAUUCUUCAUGAACAAUUAAAAGUUAUCAAGAAAGAAUUGGGGCUCGAAAAGGAUGACAAAGAUGCAAUAGAAGAGAAGUACAGGGAAAGAAUAAGACAAAAGACAGUUCCUAAACCAGUGAUGGACGUAUUGGAAGAAGAAUUGAAUAAAUUAUCUUUCUUAGAAAGUCAUAGUAGUGAAUUCAACGUUACGAGAAAUUAUCUAGACUGGCUUACAUCCAUGCCAUGGGGUGUAACAAGUACAGAAAAUUUAAAUCUUCAGGAUGCCAUCAAAAUUUUGGAUGAAGACCAUUAUGGAAUGGAAGAUAUAAAAAAAAGAAUUCUUGAAUUUAUUGCUGUUAGUCAACUAAAAGGCAGUACACAAGGAAAGAUAUUAUGUUUCUAUGGGCCUCCUGGAGUAGGCAAAACCUCUAUUGCUAAAUCGAUCUCUCGCGCUUUGAACAGAGAGUACUUUAGAUUUAGCGUCGGCGGAAUGACAGAUGUAGCGGAGAUCAAAGGUCACAGGAGAACAUAUGUAGGAGCAAUGCCAGGCAAAGUCAUUCAGUGCUUGAAAAAGACUAAGACUGAAAAUCCAUUAAUUUUAAUAGAUGAAGUCGACAAGAUUGGCAAGGGACAUCAAGGAGAUCCAGCAUCUGCGCUUCUCGAGAUGCUCGAUCCUGAGCAAAAUGCGAAUUUCUUGGACCAUUAUUUAGACGUUCCAGUAGAUUUAUCAAAAGUCCUAUUCAUCUGCACGGCAAACGUAAUAGAUACCAUUCCGGAACCUCUGAGAGAUCGUAUGGAGAUGAUAGAUAUGUCGGGUUACGUUGCCGAAGAGAAACUCGCCAUCGCGAAACAGUACUUAGUUCCACAGGCUAGAACCGAAUGUGGUCUCACGAAUGAUCAAAUCAAUAUACAGGACAAUGCACUUACAACGCUAAUUAAAUCUUAUUGUCGAGAAUCGGGAGUAAGAAACCUGCAGAAACACAUAGAAAAAGUACACAGGAAAGUGGCGUUUAAGGUCGUCAGAAAAGAGGCCAAUAAAAUUGACGUCUCUGCGAACAAUCUGCAAGAAUUUGUCGGAAAACCUGUAUUCACGCACGACAGGAUGUAUGAAGUCACGCCUCCUGGAGUUGUAAUGGGAUUAGCGUGGACUGCCAUGGGCGGAUCCACUCUGUUCAUUGAGACUACUGUCAGAAAACCGACAGGCGGUAAAAAGUCUGAGGGUACUUUCGAGGUCACCGGUCAUCUCGGUGAUGUAAUGAAAGAAUCUAUACAUAUCGCGAUGACUGUGGCGAGGAAUCAUCUGAAACAUGAGGAGCCUUCUAAUACGUUUCUCUACGAUUCCCAUUUACAUAUACAUGUACCUGAGGGUGCUACUCCUAAGGAUGGACCUAGUGCGGGUGUAACGAUCGCUACGGCAUUGCUUUCUCUCGCUAAAAAUCAAGCUAUCAGGCAGGACGUGGCCAUGACGGGUGAAGUGAGUCUCAUGGGCAAGGUACUUCCUGUUGGUGGCAUCAAGGAAAAAACUAUUGCAGCAAAACGCGUCAAUGUCAAAUGUAUAAUUUUACCUGAAGAGAACAAGAAAGAUUUCAAUGAUUUGCCUAAGUAUAUCACAGAUGGUUUAGAAGUGCAUUUUGCUUCAACGUUCAACGAUGUUUAUCGUAUAUGUUUUGCACAAACGGAUGAAACCAACUCUUUUCAAUCUGCAAAACCAAUUAGUACUCACAUUUCAUCCACACAAUCAAUAUUCAAUUAAAUCUAAAUAGCAUAUUCCAGAAUAUACUGCUGACAAAAUUUCGACUUUAUAUUUUAUUUUUUAUAUAAUACAUUGCAGAAAAAAUAAUUCAUAUAUUAUCUAAA